UUCAUAUUGAAUAUUUCAGUUUAAAAAGGAAGUGUCAGUUCAGGGCGCGAGUAGCGCGGGGGUAUAAAGAGCGCGUCGCUUCAGUCAUAGCGUUGUGCAUAUGGGCUUACCUUAAAGAAAGUUUGAAAUAUGGUUUGUAAGCGAGCGCUGUGUUUUGCGCACGGUGUCACCGGCUCGAACCCUCGGUACGCAGAAAAUGGCUGGUCGCAGGUCCGAGCUCGGAGUCUGUGCUCGCAGUGCGGCAGCGCAGAAACGCGGCUAGCCUUCGCAUGAGCUGAUUUUCUACGGGAACGUAAUUGAGCGCGUUCACGACACGGGUUCGAGCAACUACAUCGAGUCACAACAUCAAAGAAUGGGUGCAUAUCAGAAGCAUGAAAGCUGCUAGGAACGUUUUAUGUCAGAGAUGUCAGCUUCAUGGGUCUUGACACCAACAGAUCUCGGGGUCUCAGCAUCAGAUGGCAGGAAGUGAUGUCAGAGAUUAAUGACCUUUCCCAGUGGCAGUGACAAGGAUGGAGAUGAAUGGCUCCACAAGAGGAGAAAAUGGUUCUGUUUGCUUGCUUUUUACAAGUGGAUUUGAAAGUAAAGUUUCAGUACAGUCUCAGGUAGUAAUAAACUGACUAUUACGCAUUAAGUGACGUCAUCACUCCUUCUCUGGUGAGCUAACAACCAAAGUUAGCGUAUUCUUGUUUCAAAAAUCAGAGGAUAUUGUUCAGGACCUUAGCCAUCGAAGGGGACUGAUGUUAGCUCUAUCCAAGUCAAUCGAAAGUACAUUUUAUGGAUAAGGCUGUAUAUUAGAUGAGCUCAUGGAAUUUUAACCUGAAAACCAAAUAGCACUUCCAUCUCAGGAGUAUCUGAAGAAUAGUGUGGUACUGACAGUGAAGACAAAGCCAGAAGGGAGUACCACAUCAUGCCUGUUAUUCAGUUUCAGACAAAAACUCUGCUCGUUCAAUCAACUUGUCAGAAAUGGUGUCACCAUGCUUAAAUCCACACCAGACAAUAUACGCAUAGCUUCACAACUGACACCCGACUUCAGGACUAACACCAUUUAGUCAGAAAUGAAUGAACCAAUAACCAAAGCAAUAUAUUUUAAUCCUAACUGCUUAUCCAGUAAUCACCGACAAUCCCCACUAAGGAAUACAAGUAAUAAAAAAUAUGAUGAAACUUUCAGUCACAUAACCAAAGAGGAGGUGAAGAUACAGGACUUUGCAAAGGUUACCUGCUCUGGGACAUUGGAAAAGACCAGAGACUGUGUGGACAAAAAACGGACAGAAAACCGUCAAGUGUGCAACACUGCAAACUGUACGGCUCCAGUCCCCUUUUAUGAAAAACAAAAGGGAUUUGAUGUAGCAAUGCCUAAAGCUGUUACCAGUGUUAAAGAAGCCAUGGGACAGGAAGAGGUCUAUGCAGUACUGGAUUUAAGCCUGCCAAAAAAGAACGUCAGGGAUAAUAAAGAAAAGUGUAAAUGGGUUCUAGAUCCUGAAAACCAGAUUUCAUUAAUAAUGGAGGUUGAUGAGAUCAAGGGUGAUACUCAGCAUGUAGAAGUGGUGCAAGAAGUAGAAGAAGAAGAUUUGGACUACUGGACUGACUUGGGAAAUGAUCAUAUGAACAGCUUUUACUUAGGAAAUUGGGAUCAGUGUCCUUCUGCUUCACGUGUAGCCAUACCAUCUACAUAUGGGUCAGUUAUGUGUCCUGAUCCAAAUGAUACACUUCUUAUAGAUGACCAUGGUAUUCCCUAUACUCUUACUCCAGAUGGGCAAAAGGUUCCCCAGAUAGAACUUUUUGAAAUACCAUUCACUACUUCAGAUGAGAUGGGGUCUGCAGAGUCUGACACUGAGAUGCCUUUCCAGGACGGAGACCCUGAGUGCGAGUUGUUUUAUCCAGAUUUGAAUUUGGCGGACUCAUUACCUAGUGUUUCAAAAGAAAACUUACAAGUUACUAUAGCAGUGGAAAAUAAUUCUCCAAAUGAAUCCGUUGAGACUGGGCCAACUGCCUUGCCCACAAUGUCUACCCUGCCUUCUCUUCCUAUUCAGAUUAUGGCUAGUAAUACUGAUUCCAACACUCCCAUUCUCCUACUCCCACCAUCUCACAUGCAGACACUUACAGCUUCAGCAAGUAAUGCUAAUUCUGAACUUAUGGCUCUGUCGCUACCGUUUGCGCUUGCCUCAAACACACAGUCUACCCCUGUCUUACUUGUUCUUUCAUCUCCUGAAGUGGCUUCUGGAAUUCAAUCUUCCACAGUUUCAGGAAAUGUUUUGUCAGUUUCCUCCCCAUCAUCUGCUGCACUUCCUUCAUCUCCGAGUUCACCAGGCCCUAAACCAGAACCUGUCUCCUGUACAACAGCUAUGAAUCUCUCAGGACAAAAUAAAUCCUGUAACUAUUCUGCUGCCCCUACCUCACCCAUUGCUUCCUCUAGCACUUCCUCUUCGAAUUUGGCUAAACAACUCAAAACUGACACCUGCUCUGACAGGCCCACUUCUUUCCAGGAAGCACUGUUAAGAUUAGCUGUAUCGGCUGAACAAAAAAAUGAAAAACGACUUAAAUGCAUAGACAAAUCUGCAGUCUUUAACUCAUCAUCUUGCACUGAAGCAACUCAGGCACUAGAGGAACAUUGUGACACUGAACAAGUGUCACCAGUCUCUGAGCCAGAGUCUAUCUCAGUGGACCGAACAGACUCUUUAUUAGAAAUCCCUACUGAAGACCUUCCACUCCAGUCCUCUACUUCCCCUUCCCGCCCAGACUCACCAAUACUUUCCACCAACCAUUUGAAAAAACAGGAUCCUCAGGCGUUAGGCCCACGUCGUAUUCUUUACUGCCAGUACUGCCCACGGGUUUUCUACUACCUCUCAGAUCUUGAACGCCACUCCAUCACACACUCCCAGAAGAAGCCGCACGUAUGCCAGCUGUGUGGCAAGGCUUUCAAACGCUCCAGCCAUCUGGAGCGGCACAAGCAUAUCCAUACAGGAGAGCGGAACUUCGAGUGCCAGCUUUGCCCACGGCGUUUCCGAGAAGCCGCAGAGCUGACAAGACACCAGCGGGUACACACAGGUGAAAAGCCUUACCAGUGCCUGUUAUGCCAUAUGCGGUUUGCCGAGCGUAACACUCUACGACGACACACUAAGCGCAAACAUCAGGGUCAGCAGCAGGAAGCGAUGAACACAAAGGUAAAGCCAGAAAGCGAAGGGACCUCACUUGUUGGUAUGCAAGAACAACAAGAAGAAAAUGCAGAGUGGUAUAUCUCAACAUUGACUGAAAUGGAGUCGGACAAUGACACAGGAGGAGAAUGAAUAUGAAACAUUACAAUAAGGCUUCAUUUAUAUAUUUAGGUUUGUUUUUUUUAUUAUAGUUGCAAAUUAUUUACUUUUAUAUUUAAAAACUAUUCUGUUCUUAUUAUUAAGUAUGCAGUUGAAAAUUUCCACCAAAAUCCACUUAAAUGGUUUGCUAGAUAGGGGAAUAUCUUGGCUUUAUUGUUUUCCCUUCAUUUUUACCCUUAAUACAGUAUGUCUUAGAAUGUUUUCUUUACAUGCGUGCACAUUUCUUACUCUGGUAAAAUGAACCACUUCGCUGUGAAGGUCAAGUAAUCAGAAUAGUUCACUCUUGAUUAGUGCUUGUCCUGUGAUCAUUUAAAAUGCUCCACAAACUUCAAUACCAAGUAUGGCAUCAUGUCACAUGGUGCAUCGAGACACCUUUAAAGGUGUAGAGUAUACCGAGGUGUUAGUUUAACGUUCCUAUUUUUAUUUUUUAAAAUUUACUGAUCUGUUUUUUUUUUUUUUAACUGUUGUGCCUUGAAAUACACUUUACCAUUUCAAUUGUUUAUUGAUUUUCAAAAGUAAUACACACUGUGAAAGUAGAAGAUUUAAAGUUACUUCUUAGCCUGUUAUUUUUACAGCUUUCAAAUGGAAGUGUUCUCUGUAUCACUGAUUGUCGCUAGUGGAAGUGUUAGCAAAAUUAUUGCUCAUUUGAAGUUUGAGUUGGUUUAUGUUUUUUACAUUGCAGUUUGGUGUAAUUUGAUUAAUACUAAGAAAUGUAAAUAACAUUUUAAAAGUAGUUUUGCUGAGUGUAUAUAGAUAGCGUUUGGUCGCUUAAUUUAAUUUUCAUUGCUUCAUUCGAGUGUAACUCAAAAAAAUGCACAUUAGCAUCAGAGUAAAUAUACUGUGUAAUAUGUUAAUAUAUUCCCUGUAAAUAACAAAAGGUCAUCCUAGGUUUAAGUGCCCUAGGGUUAAUUUAAAACUCUAUAGCGUGUAUUUCAUAUAUGAUUAGCAAUCUGACUAUUUGCACACUUUAAUUAAAGCAUGCUUGCUGACCAUUCUCUCUCAUUUUACUCAUUUUAAUAAUCAAUAGUGCAGGCAAUUUUUUCUGCUUUAGCAUCACUAGACUACAAAUGUAAAAGCAGCUUAGAUUAUAUUACAUAAAUAAUGCAUUUAGGGCUGCAAUAUAGUGCUGCACUCAAUGUAUAUUUAAAAAAAUAAAUCUGUUUUAGUUAUUGAGCUCAUUAUACUUAGACUUGCCACGGUGCUAUGUAAUAAACAUGUAACUGUCAUAGGAGGGGGUGUUGUAAGCCUUACUAAUUAUUUUAAAAUGAAUAAGCAAAUUGACUGACAAAGUAAAUGCAGGCAAUAUCGUGUUCAGUAUUGUCGGUAUUAACAGAUAUGUGGUAAGACCAAGCACCUCAAUGAAAGUCACUGGGUUAUAUUUGACGCAUAUGCAGAAAUAUGAGCAUACGCCAUAGUCUCUGUCACACUGUCUCAUAUCUAAAUAAAAUGCCUUAAAAUAAAA